AUGUUCCUAGCAAUGUACAUGGUAACUGUGCUGGGAAACACCAUCCUGGUCCUCAUCAUUAGAGCUGACUCUCAUCUGCACACCCCCAUGUACUUCUUCUUCAUGAACCUGUCUCUCUUAGAUCUGUGCUACUCGUCCACCAUUGCCCCAAGAGCCAUGGUGAGUUUCCUAGCAGGGAGCAAAGCCAUUUCCUACAAUGGAUGUGCCACUCAAUUCUUAUUCUUUGCUCUGUUCCUCACCACUGAAGCAUUUCUUCUUGCAGCGAUGGCAUUUGAUCAAUACUCCACCAUCUGCAACCCGCUCCAGUAUCCCACCACCAUGUCCAAGAGGGUUUGCAUUCAGCUGGUGGUGGGGUCGUAUAUCUGUGGCUGUGUGAAUUCCAUGGUGCAAACAGGCUUCACCUUUAUGCUGCACUAUUGUGGGUCUAAUGAGAUCGAUCAUUUCUUCUGUGAUGGCCCUCCCUUGAUUAGUCUGUCCAGCAGUGAUACGUACAUCAAUAAUCUUGUGAUGUUUACCGUAUGCAGCCUCAUCAUAGCAAGCACUGCCCUGAUUGUGCUUGUCUCCUACAUCUAUAUCAUCUCCACCAUCCGCAGGAUUCACUCUGCUGAGGGCAGACAAAGAGCCUUCUCCACCUGCACCUUCCACAUGAUGGUUGUGACUUUAUUUUAUGGUACCAAUGCUUUCAUGUAUGCCCAGCCCACUUGGAUAUUUUCUUUGUAUCAAAGGAAAGUGGUGUCGGUGUUUUAUACCCUUUUCAUUCCCAUGUUGAAUCAUUCAUCUACAGCCUUAGGAACAAGGACAUAA